AUGACUAGCCUUCGUAAUGUACCAGCCGAUGUUGCAUCGACGCGAAUAUUAAAUUAUCUUCGAGCACAUAAUUAUGAUGAUUGCGCUCUAUAUAUGAAUCGUCUUAAUCCGACUACAUUCCGUAAAAUACUAAUUACUGAUUUAUCCGUUGAUGCUCUACUCACUCAAUUACCUUUUUCAAUUGAAAUAAUUGAAGUAAUCUAUUCAAAAUUAUUUAUUACUGAUCCCGACACAUUUCCUUUUCAAAUACUUAAACCAGAACGAUUUAUAUCAAAGAUGAUAAGUAUAUAUGCAUCAUUAUCAUUAUCAAUACAUGAUAGUGCAGCAUCAUUAAAAUCGAGAGAACAAAUUAUUGAUGAUGAACAUAUAUUAAGUAAUUUUGCUAGUAUACUUCGUAUUAUAUCUUAUAUUCAACCGAUAUUAUUCAAACGUCUUUUACGACAAAAAGAAACCAUUGAUGAAUGCGUACUUCAUUUUGAACAACAUCAUUCAGCUAUAACAAAUAUUUCAACAUUAACACGAUCUACAUCAUUAACACACAUUAAUCUUAAAGAAACACUGUGCGAAGAAUUAGAGUCAACAAUAGCUGGUUGUCAACAAGCAUUACAUAAACUUGUAACAAAAACAAUAAUAAUACCUGAAGCUCCAUCAUCGACUCAUUCUACGCCAGCCUUAAGGAAAAAGAAUAAUACGAUGCAUCCAUCAACAUCAGCAAUAUCCUCAAUAACAAUGGCUGCUAUAACCAGCAAUUCAUUAUAUGAUAUACAAAAUCGUCUCUAUCAACAUAAAGCUAUAUUAAAUUUAAUUGAACCAUAUUUAGCACGUUCGAAACUUUUUACAAUUAUGAAUAAUCUUACUAGUAAAGUUUCAAUCGACAAAAAAUUUCUAUUAGCUUAUUCACAUAUUAAAACACAUGAAAGACAAAUGCCAUUGAGUGAACCAUUAUUACCACUAUUUAAACGAUUUGCUUUUGCUUAUGAGCGUAUAAUUCAAUUGUGGAGACACGUCACCGACAGUACUCUGAUCGACGAAUGCGCAGAUGAUAUGGUGAUUGACGACACAACUGUCCACGGUGGUGUUAGUAGUUUGGGUGGAAUAUGUUUCGAACGAACAUUAUCUCGUAAGUAG